GGGCCUGGCGGGCAGCUGGCUUGGGACUGAGCUCGGUUGCGCCGGGCAUUUGGCUUUUCGCGCGCGCAGACUCACAGAACGCAACUCCCCGCACUCAACCCUCAUCUGGCCGCCCCACAGCGGCCAAGGCUUCAAGAGAGCGCGUCCCUCCGUGAUGGAACCUGGGACUGCACCGCGGGGCGGGCGGGCAGAGGGGCGGGGCUAGGGAAGUCUGUAGCCGCGGGGACCCUAAAAGGCUGCUGCGGGUGGGGAGGUGUGGCUGGUGCACCGGACCUGCGCCUCCCGCCGCGUGGUCCGCGUCUCCCGCAGCAUUUGCCUCUCCGCCAUGGGCGCCAUCUGGUCGGCUCUGCUGGUCGGAGGGGGUCUGGCUGGAGCGCUUUUCGUCUGGUUGCUGCGGGGCAAGGGGCAGGAGGGGGACGCGGAGCCCGAGAAGGACAGCCUUCGCGGGGAGGCUGAGCCUCUGAGUGGCGAUCAAGGCGGCGGCGGACUGAGCUCUGGACCUUCCAGGCCGGAACCGAUCCGCAAAGCAGAGCAUCUCCAAGGAAGCAAUGGCUGUUUGGUUUCUGAGACCAAGGAAUCUGGUAAUUGGCAGGAAGCAGUGUGGAGACAGCAGAAUCCUACUGGAGAAAAUGGUAAUUGUGACCAGUCAAGGGAAUAUACUCCCUCCAGAUGGCUUCCAGACAUAGGAUCUACAGCUGCUUCUGAGGCUAGUAACUCCAGAGAUUACCCUAAUGUUUCAGGAAAUGAAAGCCAUGAAUCUUCUAUAGAAUGGGGACUCCAGAAAGGACACAAGACACCUGUUAAAGCAGCUACCUGUUUUGCAAAAAAGUUGCCUUCUAGCAACAUGCUCCUGGACCGAGGUGAAGAAGAGUGCCCGGCACAGUGGGCUGACUCCGAUGACUGGGAAAUAGUGUCCAGGCACUCAUCUUGGGGAGAUAUUGGUUUAGGUGACAGUCCUGAGGCUUUUAUGUUAAACCCACACCAGGGAAUGAACUCUGGCAGAAGCACUCUUGAGGAGGCAAGAGGUCAUGAAGUAGAUGUGGAAGCAAAUAGGGCAAUAGCUAUGUCUUCUGCCCAGCAAGUUAAUGUUACGUUCCAGGUCCAUUAUAUUACUAGCCCUGGUGUGCAGUUCAUUGCAAUAACUGGAGACCAUGAGAGUUUAGGGAGAUGGAACACUUACAUCCCUCUCCAGUAUGGCAAGGAUGGGCUCUGGUCUCACUCUGUAUCUCUUCCAGCAGGUGCAGUGGUGCAGUGGAAAUUUGUGGUGGUAGAGAAUGGGGGAAUUACCCGCUGGGAAGAAUGCAGCAAUAGAUUCCUAGACACUGGUCAUGAGGAUAAAGAGGUUCACAAGUGGUGGGGGAUUCACUGAUUCAAGUUUGCCAAAUGUUGGGGAGACUGUUGAAGAACAUGGUAAAGGCUCAGGUUGUGGAACACACUGAGUAUCUUAAAACAAGGAAACUGUAACUUCAAAUGUAGUCAACAAAAUUUUCAAA